GCUGCAUUCAGAUCCUCCUACUAAGUAGGCUGCGCACUACCCAGGCAUAAUAUAAAGACAGCAUCCUUGAAUCUGACAGUCAGAGCUGCAAUCAUGUGCACAGGACUAACAGAGAAGCAGCGCCUCUACAGAAAAUGGGUAAAGGAGCUGCGUUCAUCCAUGGCUACGCUACUACACAAGGUAGAUCUGGAAUACCAUCUUGUGACUUCUGGUUGGUACACGAGGAACACUAAAGCCAGUUCUUUGAAUGAUGUUUUGAGAUGGAAGGAAUCGUUCAGCCAUCUUCUCAGGAGCAAAGAGGGACGCUACGCUUUUCAUACCUUCUUGCAGACAGAAUUUAGUGAGGAAAACUUGGAGUUCUGGGAGGCCUGUGAAGACUACAAGAAGACUCGUUGGGUUAAAAAGCUCCCUAGCAAAGCUCAAGGCAUUUCCCAGGAAUUUUUACAGAUUGGCAGUCCCAGAGAGGUCAAUAUUGACCAUCGGACCAGAGAACUUAUUUACAAGAAAAUGGCUGUUCCCUGUAGAAACUGCUUUGAUGCAGCACAAGAGCAGAUACAAAUAUUAAUGGAAAAAGACUCAUACCCGCGCUUCCUUAAAUCGCCAGUAUACAAUACGCUGCUGAAACAGUCAUUUCCAAGUACAGUUACAAUGUCCUUCACUUGAGGCCCAACUUCAUCAUAGAAGAAAGUGAUAAUUCAGAGGCCCAGAGCUGAAUGAAGUAAAUAAGAGUUGAGAGUAUAAAUCAACUGGUACUGAGAGUUACAGUCAGAUACCUGACUAAGGAUGCAGAAUAUCCAUGUAACAAGAUUGCUCAUCAAUAUGCAGUGGAUACAGAACAGAAAUAGACAGCAAGAAUGAUUGUAGUGUAGAUCAACAGGGUGCUGUUACUGGUUAAGUCUUCCUACAAAAGCCAUAUGCUCUUGGGACAGCCAUGAACACAUAUUUACCUUGGGGCAUAUUUUUAUGUGCAGCAGAGGUGCAACUGCCAGAUAUGUGAUAUGCAUUACUGAUUGUAUUUUGUAUGCCAGAUUUGCUUGACUUCUUCCCAUAUAAUGUUGGAGAGUAGGAUUCAGUCAGUAUUUCUGUAGGUUUUGGUAUAAUGGGUCAUGGUCAGGACUUGUAAGGGGUGUGACCAUAAAUGCAUGGGGGCAUUUUUUAUAUAAGGGUCUCAUUCAACUUGCCCAGGGUGCCUGUGGGGUCCCCUGGGCAGGAUGGCCAUGCUAACUUAUUAGUAUGGAGCUACAUAAUUAGCAAUGGCAUCCCUGAAUCUUAUUGUUGGCAUGUUCUGAGUUAAAUAAUGUCUGCGUUGUUCAUGCUGGGAUGUAUGGAGCCAGCCAUAAAACUACCCAAUAAUGAAACUCAAAUGCAAGGAUGUAAAUCUCAGUUGGUGUGUGCAUGCUUUGCUGAAAAAUGUCCUACAGGCUUCACAUUUUCCAAGCCACCCACCCUUUGAAACAUUCAUACAUUCCAGGACCCACCAACACACAAUCUUUAGUCAUUUAAAUAGUCUAGUUAUAUAAAUCUGUUGGUUCCUUGUACUUUGGCGUGUGCCCUUUGUGAUUAUAUUUAUAUUUGAAACAGGUUUUAGCCACAGAAGCAGAACCAAGUCUUGUAAUCCAAACAAAUAAAUAUGAUUAUAGCUUCAUAAUGUUUCAGAUUGUACCCCUGCAUUUAUGUGGCAAUAGGUCAAAUCUUUUUUGGUGGGGGCAGUGCAUGUAAAGUGUGAUAUUUUCUGUCCUCAAGGUUUCUGAUAACUGCCCUGAAUGUCUGACACUACUUCCUGUGUGUGAGAUCGGCAUGUUAUUUGCUAGUACCCCCAAAAUCUAAAAUAAAAAUGUUAAUUUUUUCAACA